CAAACAGGCAGAAGGGAGUAGAAGGGCAGAGGCAAACACAACCCCUCUGGAUGCUGGAAACAUCAAACCCAGUGAAGUGAUUUGUUAAAGUGAAAACAUCUGCAGUGUUUCGAAGCACACGCAGACAUCUACGUUGAGACUGCAGAUUUGGAAUUGAUCCAGGAUGCAGUCCUGCCUCGCUCUGCUGCUGGGGAUGGUGGCCUCUGCUGCUUCAGCGGAAUGGAGGCGUCCGGUGAUCAAGUUCAACUCAAAGGUGGUGGGGAGUUCUGAGGUGUCGGUCAGACCUGGAACCCCCCUGGAUCUGAGGUGUGAGGGUGACGGGCCUGUAAACUGGCAACCAAGGCUAGCCAAACACAGACGCUUCAUUUCCAAGGGCAACGGGAACGUCCGCACCUUCAAGGUGGAGCGUCCCUCUGCAGAAUUCACUGGAACAUACAGAUGCUCUUACACUGGCGGGUCACAGCCACUGACCUCCUCUGUGCACGUGUACGUAAAAGAUCCAAGCCGUGUGUUCUGGACCAGCAGCACGUCCCUGCGGGUGGUAAGGAAGGAGGGUGAGGACUACCUGCUGCCCUGCCUGCUGACUGACCCGUCAGCCACAGACCUGGGCCUCCGCAUGGACAAUGGCACCUCCGUGCCACCAGGGAUGAACUUCACAGUUUAUAGACACCGUGGUAUUCUCAUCCACAAGCUCCACCCCAGCUUCAACGCCGACUAUGUCUGCACAGCCAAGGUCAACGGAGUGGAGAGGAUAUCCAGGGCCUUUUCCGUCAACGUCAUUCAGAAGCUUCGUUUCCCUCCUUACGUUCUCUUGGAGGCGGAUGAAUAUGUGCGCAUUGUUGGGGAGGAACUCAAGAUUCGCUGCACAACACACAACCCCAACUUCAACUACAAUGUCACCUGGACAUACACCACCAAAUCAAAACCGACGGUAGAGGAGAGGGUUCGCUCCAGUGGGGAAAAUCGCCUGGACAUACAGAGCAUUCUGACCAUCCCUGCUGUGGACCUAGCUGACACAGGAAACAUUUCCUGCACCGGCACUAAUGAAGCAGGGGUGAACAGUUCAACAACAUACCUGCUGGUUGUGGACAAGGCCUACAUCAGGCUGAUGCCGCAGCUGUCUCUUAAACUGGCUCACAAGGGUCUUUCAGUGGAGGUGAACGAGGGAGAAGAUCUGGAACUCACCGUGCUCAUCGAGGCGUACCCCCAAAUUAUAGAGCACAGAUGGAACACCCCAACAUCACCCAACACGUCUACACAGGAGCACAAGCUCAUCAGAUACAACAACAGAUACCAUGCUACUCUGCAGCUGAAGAGAAUGAAUGCACAGGAGCAGGGACAAUACACUUUCUAUGCCAGGAGUGCUUUGGCCAAUGCAUCCAUCACGUUCCAAGUCCAAAUGUAUCAGAGACCUGUUGCUGUGGUGAGAUGGGAAAACGUAACCACGCUCACUUGCACCUCAUUUGGCUAUCCUGCUCCCAGAAUCAUCUGGUACCAGUGUCUUGGGAUUCGGCCUACGUGCAAUGAAAACACCUCAGGGCUGCAGCUGGCGAUCCCUCUGCAAGCUCCCACAGUGGAGGUCCAGAGGGAGGAGUACGGGGCCGUUGAGGUGGAAAGCGUCCUCACCGUGGGGCCCUCCAACCGGAGGAUGACGGUCGAGUGUGUGGCCUUCAACCUUGUCGGAGUCAGCAGCGACACUUUUGCCAUGGAGGUGUCUGACAAACUCUUCACUUCCACUUUGACUGGAGCAGCUGGAAUUCUGACCAUCCUGCUUGUGCUGCUGAUUUUCCUGUUAUACAAAUAUAAGCAGAAACCCAGGUAUGAGAUUCGCUGGCAGAUCAUUGAAGCAAGAGACGGAAACAACUACACUUUCAUUGACCCCACUCAGCUGCCUUACAAUGAGAAGUGGGAGUUCCCGAGAGACAAGCUGAAGCUAGGGAAGAUCCUGGGUGCAGGAGCUUUUGGAAAGGUCGUUGAGGCCACAGCUUUUGGUCUAGGAAAGGAAGACAAUGCGCUGCGUGUAGCUGUGAAAAUGUUAAAGGCCAGUGCCCAUUCAGAUGAGAGAGAAGCUCUGAUGUCUGAACUGAAGAUCCUGAGCCACCUGGGUCACCACGGGAACAUUGUCAAUCUACUGGGAGCCUGCACUUACGGAGGACCGGUGCUUGUGAUCACAGAGUACUGCAGCCUCGGCGACCUUCUGAACUUCCUUCGCCAGAAGGCAGAGACGUUUGAAAACUUUGUUAUGAACGUUCCCACCAUUAUGGAGGAGUCUAAUGACUACAAGAACAUCUGCACUCAGAAACUGUUUAUUAGGAGCGACAGUGGGAUCUCCAGUACAUCUUCAAGCAGUUAUUUAGAGAUGAGACCCACCCAGGUGCCACAAAUGGAGUCACCUCAAAGUAUUCCGAAUGUGGAAUCAUCUCUAGACUCUGUGUGUGAGGAGACUGGUGACUGGCCAUUGGAUAUCGAUGACUUGCUGAGGUUUUCCUAUCAAGUGGCCCAGGGCCUUGACUUUCUGGCUGCCAAAAAUUGUAUUCACAGAGAUGUGGCUGCUAGGAAUGUCCUGUUGACCGACCGCAGAGUGGCCAAGAUUUGUGAUUUUGGCCUGGCACGUGACAUCAUGAAUGACUCCAACUACGUAGUGAAGGGCAAUGCCCGUCUGCCAGUGAAGUGGAUGGCCCCAGAGAGCAUUUUUGACUGCAUCUACACCGUCCAGAGUGACGUCUGGUCCUACGGCAUCCUCCUGUGGGAGAUCUUCUCUUUAGGCAAAAGCCCGUACCCCAGCGUGGCUGUGGACUCCCGGUUCUAUAAGAUGGUGAAGCGUGGCUACCAGAUGUGCCAACCAAACUUUGCCCCGGCCGAGAUCUACACGAUCAUGAAGAUGUGCUGGAAUCUGGAGCCGACAGAGCGCCCAAUGUUUAGCAAGAUCAGACAGAUGAUAGAAAGACUACUUGGGGACCAGCCUGAGCAGGAACAGCUAAUCUACCAGAAUGUGCAGCAGCAGGUCACGGAGGGUGAAGUGUGUGACGAGCCCAAGUGCUGCGACGGCCCCUGUGACCGAUCUUGUGACCAUGAGGAAGAGGAGCAGCCUCUGAUGAAGACCAACAACUACCAGUUUUGUUGAAAGCCCAAACCGCCAACCAAUCAGUAAAUCAGUCACUCAUCAACAAGCAUCAGGAAAGGGGGAUCAGCUGUAGUUCGUGGCCAGAGUACCACAGCUGGAGUCUGGGUCGCAGAGUCGCCUUCACAGCUUUUUUUGUUUUUUGUGCCUGUUCUCCAGACAGACAGGCAGCCAGCUGCAGCCAGCAUGUGACCUGCUUCUUUUCAGACCAUGACUACAAAUUGCCACGUCUAACACUGACUGCAGACAUGAAAGGAGGAAACAUCUCAACAAACAACACAAUCCAAAACCUUAAUUCUAAACGUUACUUCCUCACAGACUGUUUAUAAUUCCUUCUGAUAUGUAUUAGAGGUAUAAUCCGAAGGAGAUUGUUGCUUCACAAAGUGUUCUUCAUUAUGUCUUGUACACUGUGUUCAUUACUAUUUUUUACUCCUGCCCCAUCACAGUGAAUGUCUUGUUUUUUGUAGCGAUUUUGUCAGCAGGUUCACUUCCUUUUCGUCAUUUUAUUGCAUGUAUGGUUUCUCAGAGGAAGCAGCCCCAACAGUCACAAACACUGGAUUCACAACAACAACAAUGCGAGCUACUCAUCUUUAUGUGCUCGAGACAAGUUAGGUUUUAUUCUCUGAGCACCUUAAUUGAACAUCUAAACAGUGCGAGUGUUUUUCCCUGUUUUAACAUGCUAAAUCGACCGUGGAGGAGGCAAAGAAUGGCCAUGUUGUUUUCCUCUCCGUGCUUUGGUCAUAGCUGUAUUUCUUGUGACACACUUACAGCAGCUGUCAGUUGGUGGCAACAUGUGAUUGUUCCACUUUAAUCUAAUUAAUUAAGCAGUUUUCAGUGUGAUUUUGGAGCAGGAAGUACCACUGAACUGAACAGGGAAAUCUGUGGAUCUGUAAUGGAUCAGAUGAACAAUGUUUCAUGUUUGACAAUGUGAAAGUUCUUUUUUUAAGUGGCACACCUUUUCAUUUCCUGUAGAGUGUUAGGAUGUAAGCUUUACCGAUAUUCUAUAUGUAGCAGACAGCCUACACUGCCAACUGUUUGAAGAUUUUAGAAUAACAUAUAUAAGCUAUGUGAGACAUACAGACAGCAGAUUUAUGUAACUUCAGGCAUUUCAAAUGUGCUUGCAUAAUGUAUAUAUCUCAUGAUGUAAAUCAAGAAUUAUCUAUAUUUUCGCUGGAAUAUUGUAGAGUAGAUAGUAUUACAUCAAUAUUUCAUAUAUGUGUUGUGUGUAUUUUUUGUGUGUGCAAAUGAGACAAUCAAUACAAAAGCUGCAAAUUAAACCAUUAAAAACUGCAGAGGCUUUGAAUAAAGCUUUACCACUGAACCUCCGGAAGUUUUUAAGAGAUUAUGCUGUCGCUCCAGAAAUCUAUAAUCUAAGUUUACGUACCUCAUUGUGCUGAUAGAAACUGUGCUGCCUUUAACUUCUUCUCUCCGCACUUCCUAUUUUUUUUAUUGGAUAACGUCCAAUCUGCAUUUCCUCUGGAACAUUUCCCACAGUAUCUGUCAACACUGCACAACCCUUAAGUCUCUGUGGGGAAGUAUUCAUCUCACCGCUGAGGCUACGGAAAGUCUAAAUCCUUUGUGUAAAUUCAGCUAAAAUCAUAUUUCUUUGUUCGGUUGUCCAUCGAGAAACUGAGAUAUGAAUGACUUUGAGUAAAGUAUAAUA